GAUAAGAUAGUGAAUUUAGUCAUUAUUCCACCGGUUCAGUAUGUCCAGCACGCUGCCUGAGGUGCCAUUCAGGAUGUCAUAAUGGAAUCCAAGCACAUCACCACUAUCCACAGAGGUAGAACCACCAUCCCAACCACCAUCCUCCUGCUGCUGGUGGUGGUGGUGGUGUCCCCGGGCACCGUCCAGGCGUCUGGUGGGACAGUGACGGGGGGACAGACAGGAAGGGAAGGGAAGGUACCUAGACCACACCUGUCAGUGGGACAGAACUCCACUUUCUGCAAGAUGACGACGUCAAUACUUCACUGUGAUUACCAGUGGAGAGAUCAGGAGGUGACGCUGGAUGACAGGUCAGCAGGAAGGUCGACCUCGAUCUUGCUCCAGCGUCUGCACCACCUCACCCUCCACCGCUCCGUCUGCCUCCACCUCGGCCUCAGGAACGUGGGUGACGCUCGAGUCGAGGGUCACCCGUCUACCUCCUGCUCGAGGAUGAAUCUCAACCUCCUCAACGUCACCCUCGACCUCCUGGCCGAGCCCUUCACUAGUGUCCACGCCCAAGACUCCAGGAUCGGGGAGCUGAGCCUCGGGAACUUGGAGGAGCAGCUGACUCUCAUCGGCUCCAGUGUUGGAGUGCUGGAGGUGGGGCGAGUCCGAGGCGAUGGUCGAGUGUCAGUUAAGAUACACAGCACCAGCGUCAGCCGCCUGGAGAGUCUCAAGGUCGACCAGUCCGCUAAGGUCCUCCUCCAUGACAGCGUCAUCGGCGACGUCCCGCGCGGCGCUCUCUCGCUGGCGUCGAGGGGCAACAGCUUCAACAAGAUCAAGUUCCCCGUGAAGUCUGACCGCUCCCCGGCCGUCCUCGAACUCCUCCCCGGCGCUGACGUCACCCUCGAGGACGUAUCCGGGAGGGUGACGGUGGUGGCCGCCCUCUCAGCCUCCUCCUCCACCACCACCACAGGACUCUCCAACACUCCCCAACACACGUCACCACCACCAGACACCCUCCACCACCCACAACCUCUUGACUGCUCUCAAUACAACCUCUAUAUAGUGCUUCUCGCGCUCUCUCUCGCGUUCAACGGUAUCAUGAUCUGUUGCGUUCUUAUUGCAAGGUGCAGCGUUCAUCAGCCUCAAGGCGUACCCACGGGGGAGAAGUGUGAACCCUUGUUGACCAGGUCACAUGUCCCUCGGGGCGUUAACAACUGAUAUCACUGAGGUAUUUAUACAUCAAUAAACAUAUUUCAUUUUCAA